AGUCUCUCAACAUCCAACGUUGCUCUCUGCUUCGCCGCAAGCAUCCGUUUUCAGUCGUCAGAUUCAGAACACAUUUGAACUGGACACAAACCGAACGAACAUGGAGAACAAGGUGAAUCCCUCAAUGGAGUCCAUCUCAUCGCAAAUGGACACGGAGGGGAAAAGCCGGGAAGAAAUGAUAGCCGAGUCCGUCAAGAAGAACGAAGACGUCCAAAAUCUUUAUCCUCAAGUUGACUUCAAGGGAGCCGUUCUUGAGCCUACCAUUCAUUUGACUUAUGAUAUUCAGGAACACGUUGACGAACCAAACCAAAGAAGAUACAAUACGUUGAUUGCGGAGAUGCUUGAGCGUACCUCGGAGCCAGAUCUAGCUGAAAGAUUACUUUGGGAAGCGAGGGAGUGUCUCACUGGCUACCCAGACAUCUUGGCUCAGUUCGAUGCGAUAUUUCUGGGCCAACGCUCUGCUUCAAGUGUCAUAAGGGAACUACACGAAUGUAUGAUGAUGAAGAAGACGGUGGAAAGGCGGAUGAGUCAACAAGUUAAUGACGUGGAAAAAGGAGAAAUUUCUUAA